UAGGGUUUUUACUAAUUCAUGAUUUUAUAGGAUUAAGGAAAUAAGAAAAAGUUAGGAUGAGUAUUUUGAUGCUGAUGCUGGGAUUUUUGGUUGUGUGUAUUUUGCUAUAAAUGGUUAAAUGGCUAUAUGUAAGUGUUUUAAAACAUGUCUAAUGAGUGUAUAAAAAUCCCCAUAUGAAAAUACCAUUGUUUGAUAAUUGUUUGUGAUUUUAUGAGAAAAACAUUGCAAAGCUGUCACUGUGACAGAUUCUGUGUUUAUGCAUAAUAAAUUAUGUAUUAAAUUGCAUAUAGUGAAUUUUGAUGCUAGGGAUAAUUCCUAUGAAACCUAAGACACUUGUGGUUGUUAUUAAAUUGGUCUCACAGAAUUUGGAUUAAUAUAAAAAUAAUGGUUUAAAUUAUAAUUUGCAUGAAAUUCUGCCAGGACAGAUUUGAGUAUGCUGUCUUUCGUGAUUUUUAGUAAAUCAUGGGUUUAUGCUUUGACUCCGAAAAUUUUAUGGUAGAUACUGGACAUACAGGAGAGUGUUUCUAUAAAAAUUUAUAACAAUUGGAUGUGCGUGAACAGCCCAUUUUCAUUUUUCAAAUGGGGCAUAUGCUGCUGGAAUAGAACAGUGAACAGUAUGGGACAUGCCUAACUUUGAGGAUUUAAUUCUAAAACUAGAGUGAAUGUUUUGAGCUAUAAUUUAAUAUGCUUAUCUUUUGGUAUGUCUCGAUCAUAGAUUAAUUUUUGUGUAACUUUUUUGAGGUUUAGUACUCAAAGGAGGGGUUCUAAACCAUGAGACAGUUGUAUUUAUGAAGCUGUUUUGUCCGACGUGUUGUAUUUUACCAUAUGAAUGUAUAUAGUUACAUGACCAUGCUUAAAGGAUUUUAUAUUUAUGCAUGCAUUAUUGCCCUAACCUCAAAGCACCUUUUGAAAUAAAGUUGGCUCUUCUAGAGAUAUAGGAUUAAUAUAGGAAUGUUGGUUUCUCUAGGAUUUUGUACCUGUUGUUUGAUGAAUGUAUUUUUGUUUGUGGGAACCUGGUUAAGGUAGGAUUAGGAUUUCCUUGAUUCUAAGAGAUUAGCUUUGAGAUGAACGAGUAAGUCUAUGACAAGGAAAUUAUGGAUAGUAAUAAGCUUUGAUUUAUGGUUUAGCUGUUACCAGUAUCCAAGUCUAAGCUCCUUUGACUUUAGGCUCUCGGUUCCUCUGCUUUCAAGUAAGGGAUAAGUUAUAUGGGCAUUUGUUAGCAGGUUUUAUUUUGGAGCAAAGGGAGCCUUAGUCGAGUUUGGAAGGAGCUGGUUUUAGGUUGAUAUGUAUAGAUCCUAAAUUAGCAAUUUGAUGUUUAGCUUUUUAGUAUUGUGUAUUUUAGAAUCUAAUGAAAGUGUAUACCUUAAAGUAUUAAGAGAUGUAUUAUGUGAAAUUUUGAAUUUGAACAAUUGGUGGAUUAUGUCAAUCUUUGAGUACAAUGUAGAUACUCUGAAUAUCAAGUGAAAAGUUACAUCAUUUAAGUAAGGAAACAAGGAUGAAAAGUAAGAGGGAAGCUUUUAUAAAAGUUUUGUAAAAGUUAAGUUGGUUCUUGUUAAUAUCAGGUUUAAACUUGAUAUUAGCAUGCCGGUCAUGGUCACAAAUACGGGUAUCAGGUUUUGGGCAUGACAAAUAGGCUCGUCCACCUUGUGUGGACUUGGUAAUAAACUUGUCCAUUUUGUGGACUUAAUAAUAAGCUCGUCCACUUUAUGGAUUUGAUGAUAAAUUUGUUCCCUUUGUAGGUUUAAUAAUAAGCUCGUCCACUUUGGGGACUUAGUAGCGAACUCAUUCACUUAUGGAUUGGGUAGUAAGUUUGUCCACUUUAUGGACUUAGUUAAGCUUGUCCACUUGAUGGACUUAGUUGCAAACUCAUCCAUUUUAUGGACUUGAUAAUAUAUUGUAGAAAAAACACAUUGAGUCAUAUCUGAAUGAAACUCCUCUUAUUAUGAUAAACCAUGCAUUUGUAGAAAAAGUAGUACUAAAAAAAAAAACAUGUCAUUUGGGCUCAAAAAAGAGUUAUUGUAGCAAAAUCUAAAGUAAAAUAGAAAAAUUGAGGAGUGUAGCUAAAUUUAACUAAGGUAUACUAAAAAUAAAAGGGGGGUACUGCUCUUCACGCUAUCUUCUUUACUGGUAGUAUUUUCACAUGUCCUCGGCAUUCUAUGGGUGGUGUAGCUUUCGUCCGUCCAUUGUCUCCAGGUGAUAGGUACCCUUCCUCUGCCAUGGCGUGACUCGGUAGGGUCCUUCCUAAUUGGGGCCGAGCUUUCCUUGGGUAGGGUCUCUAGUAGCGCCCAUGACUUUCCUUAAAACGAGAUCUCCAACCUGAAACUCUCUGUGUUGGACGCAAGAGUUGUAGUGUUUAACCAUGUGGUCUUGGAACUGCACAAGCCUUUGUUUUGCUAUCACUUUGACUUCGUCAACUAGAUUAAGCUGUAGAUGCAUAGCCUCGUCGUUUUUUCUUUCAUCAUAGUUGUCUACCCUGUAGCUUGUGAGUCUGACCCCAGCUGGAAUGACUGCUUCACUUUCGUAUGUUAACUGGAAUGGUGUUUCUCUUGUGGGUGUCCUCACCGUUGUCUUAUACGCCCAUAGUAUGCUUGGCAACUCUUCAGGCCAUAUACCCUUUGCCCCCUCGAGUCGAGUCUUGAUAAUUUUGAGCAAGGAUUGAUUCAUGACUUCAACCUGUCCGUUUGCUUGAGGGUGGGCGGGGGAGGAGUAGUGAUUUCUGAUCCCUAACUAUGAGCAAAAAUCCCAGAAAGAGUCAUUGUCAAAUUGUUUCCUGUUGUCUGAGACUAAAACUCUAGGGAUCCCAAACCUACAUAUGAUGGACCGCUAUUAGGAAUGGCCCCAUGAUGUCUGUAAGGUUGAAUUUAAUCAACCAUCUUAUUGGCUUUAUUCCGUGCCAAAUUUUCUUGUAUUUCAACGUUUAGUAACCCUGUAUUUAAGUGGGUUUGUUGUAAGGGUAGUGAGUGAGAUAGAGUGUUGAUUACUCAAGAGUGUGCAAGAAAACAGAGACUCGCGGCUUGAUCUCGUGGAUGACUCGCGGCUGCAAGCCGCCAGAUGCAGCACACGUGCCAAGCAUGCCAGAAGGUGAACAGUCAUGCUAGCUGGAGCACUACAGGACAAAACAGGACAACUGGCUGUACAGUUAUCUCGCGACUGGGUCUCGUGACUCAGUCAAGUCGCGAGGCCAAGCCGCGAGCCACCCCUGUUUUGAAAAAACCUAACGUUUCACAUUCUCCUCUCACCCCAGUAUAAAUACCCCUUAUACCCACAAAUGAAACAGAGCUUCCAAAGAGAAUUUUGAAAGAGAAACCCUAAAGAAAAACAAGAUUGAUUCACCUACAAUCUAUACAUUAGAGUCUCUUCAAAUUCCUCAACUCUCUUCUUUUCCAUUGUAAAACCCUUGAGAGGCAUUUUAUGGAAACCUUGUUCUCACCAUAUUCAUCACUGUGAGAGGGCUGUUUGGUGUUCUGGGAAGUAGUUAGGAAGGAACCAAUUUACACUGGUUGAUGCUACGGUAUAGCGGAAUCCGGGAAGCUAGAAAAGAAAAAGGUUCGGCGCAACCUCGUUGGAGCAAGAAGCUUGGAGGGCUCAGGUGCACUGGGUAGAUUAGGCUUGGAGGGUCUAUUGUUGUCCAUGUAUCUCAACUACAUUUUCUAGUGGAUUGUUUACUGCUUAGAGGGCGGCGGAGAGGUUUUACACUGAGGGCUUCGGUUUCCUCUUAGAUAACACAUCGCGUGUUGUCUUUGUGUUUGCAUCUUCCUUCCCUUUUAUCUUUGCCUUUUAUUAUCUACUGUGGGUUGUGAUUUUAAUUUGGCUUAGAUAGUUUUUCCAAUUCUAUAUUAUAGCUUAUGUUCAUUUUUCGCACACUAGUUGUUUGACAUAAAGCUUGAAUUGGUUAAUUUGUAAUUUGGGGGUCUAAAUGUUCAAGGGUGUUUAUACACAUAUUUAAACUUUCAAUGUCUAACCCCCACUGAGCAAAAUGCCAUGGGGCUGUCAUAAGGGUCAACUCUUCAGACGGCUGUCGGAUGAUGUUGCUAAAUCUUUGGCAUUUGUCACAAGCUUGAACAUAAGUCUGAGCAUUUUUUUGCAUGGUGGGACAGUAGUACCCUGCUCGAAUCAGCUUAUGUGCUAAUGAUCGUGACCCUAUGUGGUUUCCACAAAUCCCUUCGUAGACUUCUCUCAUGACAUAGUCUACUUCUUUAGGACCCAAACACCUUAGGUAUGGGCGGGAGAAGCCUCUCUUAUAUAAGACAUUUUUCAUCAAGAUGAAUCGUACUGCUUGGACCUUCAACUUCCUUGCGACCUCCUUUUCGUCUGGUAAGAUGCCAUUUUUCAAGUAAGAGAUUAACGGUGUGGUCCAAUUGUUGUCGGAACCUAUCUCCUGCACAUCGAUGGUAUCUAUCAAUGGAGAAAGCUGAACAAAAGAGAGUACAUUAUCAAGGGUGGUCAUAUUUUCAAUUGAAGCUACUUUAGCAAGGCAAUCGGCUUGCUCGUUCUCUCCUCUGGGGAUCUGGAUAAUUUUGGCCUUUAGCUCGUCCACUCUUCUCCUUACUUGAUCCAGAUUUCUCUUCAUUCUUUCGCCUUUGCACUUAUAAUCCCCAUUUACUUGGUUAGUGACAACCUGAGAGUCGUAGUAAAGAACCACUCUUGUGGCUUCUACUGCUUUGGCGAGAUCAAGCCUAGCCACUAAAGAUUCGUACUCCGCCUCAUUAUUGGUGGUAGGGAAGUCGAGGCGAACCACACAUACGAUCAGGUCUCCUUUAGGGGAGAGAAGUAUGACACCUACACCCCCGGCUUGCCUGUUUGAUGACCUGUCUAUAUGUAUACUCCACUGCAGACAUUCAUCUGCCCCUUUGUUUUCCCCAUUGGUGAACUCUGCUAUAAAGUCAGCGACGACCUGCCCUUUAAUAGCGGUGCGUGGGCGGUAUUGAAUGUCAAACUCACUCAACUCUAUCGUCCAUAGCGCUAAUCGACCAAUAGCUUCGGGGUUGCUCAUUGUAUGUUGUAAGGGUUUGUCGAUUAGGACGAUUACGUGUGGACUUGGAAGUAUGGCUUGAGUUUGCGGGCUACUGUAACUAAGGUGAAGGCAAGCUUUUCCAUGGGCAGAUACCUUUCCUCUGCAUCACGAAAUGCCCAGCUGGCGUAGUACAUGGGUUUUUGAACCUUUCUUCUUCUCUGACCAAGGCCACGCUAACAGCUACCGAGGAGACAGCCAAAUACAGGAAGAGCUCUUCCCUUGGUUGUGAAGGACUUAAUAGUAGCGGGGAAGAAAGGUAGGCCUUUAGCUGCUCGAAUGCUUGCUGACACUUAACAGUCCAUUCAAAAGAUUUCUUUAACGUGCGAAAGAAGGGUAAACAUUUAUCUGUUGCUCUUGAUACAAACUUGUUCAAGGCGACUACUUUGCCAUUUAAGCUCUACACUUCUUUCACGUUUUUCGGGGAGGGGGGCAUCUCUACUAUGGCUCUAAUCUUGUCUGGGUUGGUCUCGAUACCACUUUGAGACACCAUGAAGCCUAGGAAUUUUCUCGCUCUCACCCCGAAUGCACACUUACUCGGAUUAAGCUUCAUGUUAUAGGAGCGAAAGGUGCUGAAUGUUUCCUCGAGAUCCUUCAAAUGGUCUUCUUCUCUUCAGCUUUUUACCAGCAUGUUGUCGAUGUAGACCUGUGUUAGGACAUAUGUGUCUCACUUGUUAAGAACAUAUGUCACGAUUUUAUGUAAUUAACUUAUCCUUUGAAAAAACGCACUUUACUUGUAUUUAGGUAGAUUUAGGAUGUUUUAAAUACUUCAAGAAACCUUGUUUCAAAAUCAAGUAUUGAAACUUUCAAAUAUAUUCAAGAAAACAAGUUCAGAGUGCAAAAUCAUUAAAGCUCGACAGCUGCAUCUAUCAAGCUUAAGGAAGUUGUUCUUCAUUCGGUGUGCUCGAUACCUGAUCGACAGGUGCUCGAUACCUGAUCGACAGCUGCUCGACACCUGCUAUCUGUCGAGGUUUAAGAUUUUCAGAAUUUCAAUAUGAUUUUCUUGGGAUCCGUGAAUAUGUCUUUAGGCCUUCUUUUCUCUUAACCCUAAACAUAUAAAAGGAUCAGUGUAAAGGCCGUCAAAGUGUUCACAAGUUGCACAAAUUUUGAGCGAACUUUGUUCAAGCAAAUUAUGACCAGAGACGAAGUUUUUGCCCUAGUUUAUCUCUUUCUCUUGAAGAAAUUGCUAUGCAUGUGCACCGUAGGGUUUUGUGACCAAGCAUUUUCUUGAUCUUCAUCGUAUGGAUGAACUGAAGAACUUUACAACCAACAACCUUCUUAGUUGGUGAUUGACAUCGUGUAUUAGGAUUCGCGCAAUUGGUUAGUCAUGUACUGGGAGUCGUGCAUCUAAAAAGGGAAUUGUCACUACAGAACAAAUCCAAUUGGGUAUUGGGGUAAGGGUUCAACUGUAGGUUGGUAAGGUACUGGGAUUCCUUUACUUGUAACCACUUGUUAUGAUAAUAGUAGAGUUUUGGGAGUGGUGACCUAAAAAUCACCAGGUGGGAUUUUUGCCAUUAGGUUUUCCCCAUUCGUAAACAAAUCACCAUAUUAUUUAUUUUUCGUUGCAUAUUUAGUUUAUUGGCGAUUUGUUUGUGUUACCAUGCGUUUGCAUGAUAAAUUGAUUAAUUAAUAAUUUAGCUAAUUAAUUAAUUAAUUUCUAUCACAAGGGGUCAUUUAGUUUGUGGCCUAUCAGAUGGUAUCAAAGCGAGCACACUCUAAUUAAGGUUUAAUCUUUGUUGUGUUGAUCCAUUGACCCUUGUUUGUCAUGGAUAGAGGACAGUCAUUAAUCAUACCUCAUUUAUUUAAUGGCGCUAACUAUGCAUAUUGGAAAGUGAGCAUAAGAGCUUUCUUGCUAUCUUUAGAUGAGAAAGUACGACAAACUGUGGAGAUUGGCUGGACUAAGCCAACUGAAGCACCAGCUGACUAGGAUGAUGCCAAGAUUAAGGUGGCAAACUUCAACAGUAGAGCUUUGAAUGCACUGUUCAGUGCUGUCACCAAUGAGGAGUUCAAGAAGAUAUCCUCCACUGAAACUGCCAAGGAGGCUUGGACCAUUCUUCAGACAACCUAUAAGGGUACGAAGGCUGUCAAGGUCUCGAAGCUUCAAAGGCUCACUACAACCUUUGAAGAGAUAAAAAUGGAGGAGGAUGAGUCUUUUGAUGAGUUUUAUGCCAAGCUCAAGGACAUAGUGAACUCAGUCUUCAAUCUUGGGGAAACCAUUCCUGAACCCAAGAUUGUGAGGAAAGUGCUCAGAUCUCUGCUCGAGAGAUUUCAUGCUAGGAUUACGGCAAUAGAGGAAUCAAAGGAUAUUGACAAAACUCCUCUGACUGAGCUGGUUGGAAACUUGUAGACCUACGAGCUAGGGUUGACAAGAAUAGGCAAGUCGGGUAAAAGCAAGAGUAUGGCACUGAAGGCUAAGAGCAGUGAAACAAAUGAAUCUUUUGAUGAUGAAGAUUCCAAGAUGAAGUCCUACAUCACCAGGCAGUUCAAGAAGUUUAUGAAGAAUGCCAAUAGAAAGGGUUUCGACAAGGACCGCAGGCAAUCCAGUUCUUCUCAGUUUAAAGGCCAAGACAAAGGGAAGAAGGAUGCUAAGAAAGGUGGUCAAUACACUGUUCCCUCCAGACCUAAGUGCUUUGGGUGUCAAGGGUUCGGUCACAUUAAUCAUGAGUGUCCUACAUACAUCAAGAGCAUUGGGAAGAGCAAGGCACUUGCUGUUACUUUAAGCGACACUGAGCCUGAGGAUGAUUCCGACAAUGAGGAUGACGGAAUCUUAAAUUCCUUCACGGCCACGAUCAAUCCUACUGUUGGGAUUGUUGAAAAUGUGGUGGAAGAAGAAGAACUGGUGGAAUCUAAGUUUAAGAAGAUGGAUGAUCAAGAUGACAUCCAUACAGCCUAUGAGAAGCUGUAUAAGCUUUCUAAGAAGCAUGAGAAAUUAUAUAAGCUAACCACCAAGAAGCUCAGUGAUGUGGAACUUGACUGUGAGAAGCUUUCCACAAAGUUUGAUGAGGCCAAUCAGACUAUUGGAGCACUGAGAUUCGAGAACAAUUUCUUGGCUGAGAAGACCAAGAAGCUUGAAGCGGAGCUGUUUCAAGUCAGAGCUCAAUUGGAGAGGACUUCAAGCGCAAAACUAGAUGAGAUGCUAAGCAUUCAGAAAUCUACUUCAGAUCUAACAGGCUUAGGGUAUGGUCUUUCUUCCUCUAAUAUUGCUUCUUCUAGUACUACUAUUUUUGUUCCUCCUGCUAAUAAUGUUAAAACUGAGAACAAAGAGAUUAAAACUGAAUUAGCUAAUGAGAACUUAGACAAGGGUAAAUUUAUCUUAGAAGCACUCCCUAAGCUUGAGAAGAAAUAUGAUAAAAACCCUAGGGCUAAGAAAGCAAACUCUCAAAAGCCUAAACAAAAGAAGCAGCAUCUCUGCCAUCAUUGUGGAGCUGCCGGUCAUACUUGACCAAAUUGCUACAAGUGGCUUACCGCUCAACAGAGCAAUGGCAUGAUAGCAUCUGGGAACCAGAAUCAGCUUCAAUCCUCUCUCGCUCCCUUCGGUGAUCUUCUUAAAACCCUCAUGUUUCUUUCAAUCUUGAACGGUUUUAAUUCUUCCCCUUCACCGCCAGUUCAAGGGUUUGCUAGAUGGAAAGGUUCUUCCAAGGUGUGGAAGGAAAAUGGCUCCAAGUGAUUCUGUCACUUUUCUCUCUCUCUUCUUGUUUUUGUGUGUGCAUUACUUAUGAGUUUUGCUUUCAUGUUUUGAGUCAGUCUAGUUUUUAUGCUUUGUUUGUUUAACAUGUUUUUGUUUGGUUAUUUUUCAGUUUUGCUUUGUUUUGUUUUUUUCUCUUUAUUAAAAAAAAUUGAAAAAUCAGAAAAAUAUAAAAACAGUGUGUGUUUUGUGUACAUUGGUACUUGUGUACCUUGGAUGGCCAUUGAAACAAAAUCUUCUAAACUUUGUAUCAUUUGUAGUUUAGAUUAGCAUCUCUAUGCACAACUAAGCAAGUGAGCUUUGUGGCUCGUGUUUGUGAUGAGUACGAUUAAGUUGUCUCUUAAACUUAACGUGCAUAUCACUCUUUUUGACAGGAAGGACUAAAAAAUCCUGAGAGAAAGGCAUAAAUAACCAUCUCAUCACUGUUACCCGCCAAUCAUAUUAUGACACCUGUAUGCUUCGACAUAGCAAAAGUAUAGUGUCAAUGACAUUUGUGUGCUUAGGCAUAGCAAAAUCAGAAUGUCAAAUAUCAUUCGGUAUUUCUUUUCUCUCUCUAAUAAGCCCAUGCAUGAUAUGUUUAAUAGAAAAAUAUGCAAAGAAAAAUCAAAAGCAAAAAGAUCAAAAAUGCUUUAAAAAUGAUUGCAAACGUGUAUUCUAGGAGAUGUGGGAGUUAUAGGAUGUACCUCAAAGGUGAUAGUCCCCAUCAAGCAGUUAUGAUUGUGUGUGAGUUAAAGUGAUUUUCUCAUAUCUCAAAUCGUCAUAACAUGCAUGCACUUAUGCAAUCUUACGAUAUUUUUCACACACAAUACGCAAUAUUCUUUGCUAUUCUUGAUACAUGUGCAGAUACAAUGUAAUUUAGCCAUCACAAGGUUUUACAUGUAUUAAUGUAUGCUCACUAAACUGUCUAGACUUGUUUUUGAAAUAUAAAAUUGGUUAGACUUGUUUAGUGUGUGUGUGUGUGUGUGUUUGUGAAGAUCCAUGUGCUUAUAUUUUCAUUUGAGAGAUGUUUUUGAGAGCUUAAUAUGUUGAUUGGAUCAUUGGUUGAGUUGCAUGUUGGAUUGCAUUCAUGUUUGUGUUUUUCACAUCUCGAAAAACUAUUUUUAAAAGCUGGCUCGAUGCCUCCUCGAUACCUCAUCGAUAGCUGGCUAUCUGUUGAGCUUCCUUAAGCUUUUUCUUAUCGCAAUCUUGCCUGCACCUCGAUACCUGGUGGAUCUAUCGAGAUUGGGUCUGUAUGCUCGAUAGCUUCUCGAUACCUGGUGGAUCGAUCGAGCUUUUGUUCUAAAUUCUGGUCUGAUGAUCCUCGAUACCUCCUCGACACCUCAACUAUCGACGAGUAUUUCCUCAACACCUCUUCGAUAGAUAUCUUGAUACCUGUCGAUACUUGCAUCUGUCGAGAUUUACUGGCUUUCCUAUAUAAAGCCCCUAUGAGAUCCGGUUCUCAUUUCCAUCGAUCUCUCUCUCGAUACUUCUCUGUUUCUCUCCUAAAAACACUCCAAUCUAAAUCCUAUCUUAGUUCUGAAGGAUUUUCCAAGGUUUUUCAAGUUUUUCUUCACUUGGUAAGCUUCUAAUCCUUUCUCAUUGAUGCAUUUCAUGUUUUGAAACCUAGGAUUUGGGAUUUUUGGAAAAUUUUCGGGUUUUUCAAAAUUGAUGAGAUUUCAUUGAAAUUUUGGGUUGGGUUUUCACUUAAAUGUGUUUAAAACCUCAUACAUUUCAUCACAUUAGCAUUAUAAUGGUAUUGCCAUGCAUUUAGAUGUGUGCUAAUAGGUUUGGAUUGGGCUGAGCCCAUGAUGCAAUUUCUUUUGCAUGUCACAUGUUCAUACAUUUCCCAUGCAUACGUACUUCUUUUCAAUAUAUUUGAUAUAUUUGAAAAUGUUUGGGACUUUUCUGAUUGUCUUUCUUUCUCUCCCUCUCUGUUGUUUAUGUUAGUCGUGUCUAUGGCACCUAAGCGUAAAUCCAUUCCAGCCCAGAACCCCCUUCGUUCCAGUGCUUCUUCUUCAUCUGAUCCUACCUUAUCUCAUAUCCGAUUCCAUGAUGAUGAUGCCUUUAAGGCAUUUUCGAAGAACUUUUCUAGAUAAGGCAUUCAUUUGAAACGCCAAGUCAUCUUGACGGAUUUUGCUGAUACCGACCUUCACUCUGUCAUUCACAGUAGGGGAUAGGAGUCAUUGUGUGACGUCUCGGUCACCUGUCCUCUCAUGCUUAUUCAGGAGUUUUACUCUAACAUGUACGGGAUUGAUUGGUCAAUACCUCUUUUCUUCACUCGCAUUUGAGGUACGCGCAUUCCUAUCACACCACAGUUAGUUGCGUAUGUACUUCGGGUUCCUAGGUUAGAGUUUCCUGACUAUCCUGGUUGUGAGCAUCUAAGGAUUGUGUCCAGGGAUGAGUUCAUGACUGCUUUCUGUGAGCGCCCUACUUCUUGGGGUGAGCAUCUUUUUACACCAUGUUAACCUUUUGCUAAAGGUCCUAAAUUCAUGAACAUGGUGAUGACUUUUUUUUUGCAUCCCCUCUCUCACUAUAACUCCAUCACAGAGCCUCGUGCUCGGUUUUUGUUAUCUCUUCUUAAGCAUCUUACCAUAGACUUCCCUUCUUAUUUCAAUUUGUCUAUUAUAGAUGUUCAUCUAGAUUCGACGAUCCGUGAUAAGCUCAUCUUUCCUUCCCCUAUCACGAGGAUUUUACACCACUUUUCCGUUCCUUUUCCCUCUUCCAACCACUUUACCGUUAUGUGUGCCAUAGAUUAUGCUACCGUUAAAUGUAGCGAGGCCCUGCUUUGGUCACGGCAGUCGGAUUCAGCAACUCCUUCCUCCCGUUCCGCUCCAUCCCAUUCGGCUCCAUCCACAUCAGCUCCUCCUUCUUCUUCUUCGGGCGAUGUGUCUCUAGGAGAUAUCAUGGCACAGCUGCAACGCAUGGAUGCUCACCUCGAUACACUCUCUACAGAGUUCUAUCAGGUGAACGUUUGUGUCGAUUAUAUUGCAUGACGAUAGGCGUCUAUAGGUGGCUUUGCUCUUGAGGCUACUCCUUCACCACGUUCUCCCGUGGCUUCUGCUUCUGAGGAUAAGGAUGAUGAUGAUGGUGAUGACAAUGAUGCUUCAGAUGAUGAUGAUGGAAAUGCUAGCUCUGCCGAUGAGAUGUCUACUUGACACUCUUAUCCUUUGUCAUUCGUGACAAAAAGAGGGAGUAGUUUUGGUAUGAGAGUAGUCCAUCUUAGGGGGAGAGUUAGUAUAGGAUCAUUUUGUUAGGGGGAGUGUUGAUACAUUUUAAGGGAUGUAGUGAGGAUAGUAUGUAUCUUUUCUUUUCUUUCUUUUUAGAUACAUUACUCUCGUACUUGAGGUCUUGUGACCAUUUCUAGACAUACAUUGUACUUAUCUCUUAAUUUAUAUUGAUGUAUGUUUUUGUUUCACCUACUCCUUCAUUUGUUGUUUCUUUUCUCUCUUUAUACACAUGUUUCUUAUACUUGUAUGUAAUCUAUUAUUUCUGUUUCACACAAAGAUGCCUUGAUGAGUUUUGUUUAAAGUGUUUCAGAAAUACAGGUUGUCAAAGUCUACUUGCCAUAAACUCUCUUCUUGCAAAGUUUUUCAAGAGUUUGUGUUAGGAUAGAUUUUAUUGUAUUCAACAAGUGAAUAUGAGUUGAGUGAUUUAUGACUUCUCUCAUAUGUUCAUUUGUUUGUUGUGGUUUUGUCACGGAUUAGCAAAGGGGGAGAUUGUUAGGACAUAUGUGUUUCACUUGUUAAGAACAUAUGUCAUGAUUUUAUGUAAUUGACUUAUCCUUUGACAAAACGCACUUUACUUGUAUUUGGGUAGAUUUAGGAUGUUUUAAAUACUUCAAGAAACCUUGUUUUAAGAUCAAGUAUUAAAGCUUUCAAGUCUGUUCAAGAAAACAAGUUCAAAGUGCAAAAUCAUUAAAGCUCGACAGCUGCAUCUAUCGAGCUUAUGAAAGCUGUUCUUCAUUUGGUGUGCUCGACACCUGAUCGACAGCUGCUUAACACCUGCUAUCUGUCGAGGUUUAAGAUUUUUAGAAUUUCAAUAUGAUUUUCUUGGGAUCCGUGAAUGUGUCUUUAGACCUUCUUUUCUCCUAACCCUAGACAUAUAAAAGGAUCAGUUUAAGGGCCGUCAAAGUGUUCAUAAGUUGCACAAACUUUGAGCAAACUCUGUUCAAGCAAAUUGUGACCGGAGACGAAGUUCUUGCCCUAGUUCAUCUCUUUCUCUUGAAGAAUUUGCUGUGUAUGUGCACCGUAGAGUUUUAUGACCAAGCAUCUUCUUGAUCUUCAUCGUGUGGAUGAACUGAAGAACUUUGCAACCAACAACCUUCUUAGUUGGUGAUUGAAGUCGCAGACUAAGAUCUGCGCAAUUGGUUAGUCACGUACUGAGAGUCGUGCAUCUGAAAGGGGAAUUGUCACUACAGAACAAGUGCAAUUGAGUAUUGGGGUAAGGGUUCAACUGUAGGUUGGUAAGGUACUGAGAUUCCUUUACUUGUAACCGCUUGUUGUGAUAAUAGUAGAGUUUCAAGAGUGGUGACCUGAAAAUCACCCGGUAGGGUUUUUGCCGUUAGGUUUUCCCCAUUCGUAAACAAAUCACAGUGUUAUUUAUUCUCCGCUGCAU